UCCGGAAUGGUAGGAGAAGUAGUACUCAUGAUCAUGGCAUCGCAUUUACUGAUUUUGUAUUAGAAGCUGCUAAGAUAUUAAAAAACUACAACGAUAAUGACCUUGAAGAUGUAUUUGCUGUUAUUGGAGAUGAAACAAGGAGAUACAUUAAUAGAAAUGGUGAGUUACAUGAGUUGUUUGGUAGUAGUAAUAUGAGAAGACAUCUAAGCGAACAAUUGGAAGAUUUGAGAGAAAUGCAGGCUGAUAUGUUGCGUGAGCAUUUGAACACAGCCAUUAUUACCGUUAAAAAUAAAAAGUAUAAUGGAGAAAAAAAUGAUUUACUUGACAUAGGAGAUUUUGUGUACAUCGGUGGACAUGAUAAGUUGAGAGCAGUACUCAGAGAUCUAGAAAAAUUAGGAAGAUCUACAGAUGUGCGUUUAGAAAACGUCUUGAGGCAUACAUUGAGAUCUUUAAUUUUUGAUCAUUUUUCCAAACUAAAUUAUAACAUUAAACGCGAACUGAUAGAAAUGGCCAAAGAUUACUGGAGAGUAUCAAGUAGCAAACAAUGGAACAGACAAACACGCCCAACAACGUUAACGUCACUGGAAAUGGAUUAUACAAGUAAAAGCGAUAAACACGUUUAUAGAAACAGAGUAAGUUUUAAUGCACAUAAGCGACAAGAAAUUAGUGAUGUGCGGCCAAUUCAAAGAACUAAAAAAACGUACAAUGCUAGCCAGCAUGUAAAUAAAAGGUAUAAAUAUAGAAACAGAAUCCCAAAAGACCGAGAAGCUGUCACAGCGUUUACUAAAUUAAACAAAUAUAAGGAUAUCACUAGACUAACUCUUUCCGAUGAGACCAUAAAUCCAGCCUUUGAACCUGAAUCUGACAACAAAACUACAGUUGAAAAUAAAAAGUCCUCAAAAGUCUCGAGAAAACAUAUAAAGAAAAAUAAGUUCACUCCUUCAAUUACCCUAACCCAAACGAAAAAACCAAAACUUUCAAAAGAUGAUAGCGAUAAACCUAUAGAUUCACCGUAUUCAGAUUUCAUGUUACUAACGGGCGGACAGAACGUCCAAGAAGUUGAUUUACGAGGCCAGUCAUCUGGAGAGACAAAUGAAGAUUAUGAAGAACCUGAUAAGACAAAUGAAGAACAACAGGCAUCGAAAAAGACUGUCGCAGGUUAUCAUCCCACUGCAAAGUACUUAUCUAUAGAAAGGUUCAUAACGAUUAAGAAAAAAAAGAUACCGGAGGCGAAAGAAGAAAAAGAUGACAAAAGAGUUGUCAGUGUUACCGUUGCAAAUAUAUCGGGUGAAGGUUUAAGUAUAGAAAGUUAUGAAAAUGACUAUGAUCUUGAAAUCGAAGAAAAGCUUGAAAAAAAACCGUAAACUUGAAAACGACCGUAAUCAUACAAACAAUCGUGAACUUGUAAACGCCCAUAAAAUUAAAAAUAACGGUAAACGUGAAAACAACCAUGAACUUAAAACUGACCGUAAACUUGAAAACAAAGUUAUCAGAAAAUAUAUCAAAAACGACAAAUUAGAAAUUGAGCAUUCAGAAGCUGAAAACGACCAUGAACUUAAAAAUUACCGUAAACUUGAAAACAAAGUCAUUAGGAAUAUAUCAAAAACGACACAUUAGAAAUUGAGAAUUCAGAAGAUGAAAACGACAGUGAACUUAAAAAUCAUCGUAAACUUGAAAACAAAGACAUCAGGAAAAAUAUUAAAAAUGACACAGUAGAAAUUAAGAACUCAGAAGCUGAAAACUACCGUGAAGUUGAAAACGACCGUAAACAUGAAAAUAAAGUCAACAGGAAAUAUAUCAAAAACGAUACAUUAGAAAUUGAGAAUUCAGAAGAUGAAAACGACAGUGAACUUGAAAAUGACAGUAAACUUCAAAACGACCGUAAACUUGAAAACAAAGUUAUUAGGAAAUAUAUCAAUAACGACACAUUAGAAAUCGAGAAUUCAGAAGCCGAAAACGACCCUGAACAUGAUAACAACCGUAAAGUUGAAGACAAAGUCAUUAGGAAAUAUAU